UUUGCCCAAGGCGUGGUGGUGGCGGUGGAUUCCCGCGCCACGGCCGGUUCCUACAUCGCAUCCCAGACGGUGCAGAAGGUGAUCGAGAUCAACCCGACCCUCUUGGGCACCAUGGCAGGAGGGGCGGCCGACUGCAGCUUUUGGGAACGGCUGCUGGCCCGGCAGUGCAGGGUGUACGAACUGAGAAACAAGGAGCCCAUCUCCGUGGCCGCUGCCUCCAAACUGCUGGCCAACAUGGUGUAUCAGUACAAGGGGAUGGGGCUCAGCAUGGGAACCAUGAUCUGCGGCUGGGAUAAACGAGGGCCAGGUGAGCGGGAUGG